UUGUAUUCAUUCUUUCAGACAACCCCCAAACAGAGCAAGGAUCUGCACGUGGGUCCAGUUAACAUCUCUGUGCAUGCUGCAAUCACUUUCCAUGAGUCAGCUCUCAUUGAGAGCAAGCCCAGCUCAGAGCAGUGUGGCAGGCUGGACUACAUGGCCUGGCUUGCUGGGCUAUGCAAAUCCACCCACUAGCAUGGAUGAGUGAGCUCAGCAGGUUUUUGGGGGGAGGGGAGUGAGGCUGGAGCCCAGCUUGGCCACAUGAGCUUUACCCAAGUUUGCCCGAUAUCAGAGAGAGACAAAAAUAGAUUUGCAGGAACAAAGGAUCCAAAAUGCAGCCUCAGUAGUUUAGUAGCUGCCACAUUUCCCUACUGUCAGCCACUUUGAAACCUCUGUCCUGCACAGCUGGGACUGCACACUAAUUACUUGUAGCCAGAUGCAAGCUAGAGCAUUGACUGGAAUUAUGUUUGAGGACAGAUGCUGCUCUGCAGCUCCCUCUGCUUCCACAGCAUGUGUUGCUUGGGUCCUCCUAGACAAGGGGAAGCCAGGUAUCCACCCAGACUCCACUUUGGCAAGGCCUGUGAAGAUGCUCCUUUUUAGCUGCUGGGUUGUGAAGUUCACAUGUGCCGGCCACCUGUUGUCACAUACUCUUGAGAGCCACCAUGGCCCAUUCAGUUGGAAGACAGCCUUGUUGGGAUACACUUUUACACCCCCGUCUUACUUUGCCCAUUACUCCACCCACGAGAGCAUCUGCUGAGGAUAGUAGAAGGCAGUGACAGAGAAAGGAUAGAUCUCUGACCCUGUGUCCUGGCUGGCCACGGCUCAGGGCACAACAAAGGCCCCAGAUUCAUCUGUUUGGAAUAAUGGGUGCUCUCAGGCACAGGAGCGGAGGAAUGGCUGUGAGGGUGGGUGGAGGCUGGCCCCAAUGCCUGCCCCAGGAUGAAUGUGGAGGCAGCCUCUCAGCACUGUACAGCACAGUGCUGCAUUCACAUCCUGUUGGGAGUGCACAAUACAGAUCAGGCAGUAAGGCAGCUGCAUCCCUCCAAGAAAUGCACCCCAGUACCGACAGAGCCACUUUCACCCCCUCUUCCCAUAGGAUCAACUAAUCCCAAGUCCUUGGGCCUUUUGAUGGACAGAGGUCCCCAGGGUCAUCACUGCCCGGACCAUCCUCAGAUGUCCUCCCCCACCACACCCUUUCCCCCCAGCCUGAUGCUAGCGGUUUAUCUCAGCAGCACUAUGCAGGCUCUCCUACCUAGGUUUUGACACUUUGUGCUUGCAAAUGCAGCUGUCCCAUAUUUAUCAGAGUACAGUUGACCAAAGUGAGAUAUUAGCAGGAAGUAACAUGAGCCAGAGAGGGGGAACUACCGUGUCACCCCAACCCCCACACUCUCAGUCUGAUACAGAUGGACAGCUUCUGCAGAGGUACGUGGCAGACACCGUGAAGGAUUCACUGAGUAUAGAUGAGAUCAGUGCUGCUGGAAAAAGAGUAGAGAGCUAAGCCUAGUCAGUGGUCAGUGGAAAGGGUCUCCAGCAUGGCAACCUGGAGCCUGGGCUCCAUGGCCAGCUGAUAGUAAGAAGAAUAGGAGCCAGGGGUCUGACUCACUGUGACAAUGAUUCAUUAGACAUAUUACAGAAGGGGUCAGAGAGCCUGCUCAGGAUUGGGCCCCUUUUUGUUGGGUGCUGCCCAAACCCAUCAUAAACAAUGCCUGCCUAUUGGAGAAGCUAGGUAUUUAUGCCAUGCUAAAAAAGGCUGCAUUGUGUGUACGGAGUCAUAGCGAUGGGACAUAAGGGCCUGGCCCUCCCUCAGUAUUGUUGAUCUUCCUUUCGUCUCUCACUGGGCUGUUGCUAGAAGACACAGCAAUGAGAUGUCCUGCCCCUCCUAUGAUUCUGGCCAUUACUCAGUGGCUGCACCUCAAGCGGCAGGCCAGCAAGUACAGCACAGAGGACGAGGCAGAGGACGACAUGGCAGCUAUUCUGGAGAGUAUCUUCCUGAAACGUUCGCAGCAGAAGAAGAAAACGUCUCCUCUCAACUUCAAGAAGCGCCUCUUCCUCCUGACAGAAAGCAGGCUCUCCUACUAUGAGUACGACUUCGAGCGUGGACGGCGAGGCAGUAAGAAGGGGUCAGUGGACAUUGAGAAAAUCACCUGUGUGGAGACGGUGGCUCCAGAGAACAACCCACCCCCAGAGCGGCAGAUCCCGAGAAAGGGAGAAGAUUCCAAUGAGAUGGAGCAGAUCUCAAUCAUAGAGAGGUUCCCUUAUCCCUUCCAGGUGGUGUAUGAUGAAGGACCCCUCUAUAUAUUCUCACCAACAGAGGAGUUACGCAAGCGCUGGAUCCACCAGCUGAAGAGUGUGAUCUGCUACAACAGCGACCUGGUACAAAAGUACCACCCCUGCUUCUGGAUUGAUGGACAAUACCUGUGCUGCUCUCAGACGGCCAAGAAUGCCAUGGGCUGCCAGGUCCUGGAGAGCAGGAACGGAAGUUUAAAAACUGGACGGUCUCAUCGCAAGACAAAGAAGCCUCUUCCUCCAACGCCCGAGGAGGAUCAGAUGAUGAUGAAGCCACUACCCCCUGAGCCAGCUCCCAGCAUGCCAGGUGAAAUGAAGAAGGUUGUGGCACUUUAUGACUAUGUGCCAAUGAACGCACAGGACUUGCAGCUGCAGAAGGGGGAAGAGUACUUCAUUCUGGAAAAGAGCGAUAUACCGUGGUGGAGAGCCCGGGACAGGAAUGGGAAAGAAGGUUACAUUCCUAGCAAUUACGUCACAGAGACCAGGGACUCUCUGGAAAUGUUUGAGUGGUACUCGAAAAACAUAACCCGGAGCCAAGCAGAGCAACUGCUGAAGCAAGAGGGGAAAGAAGGAGGUUUCAUAGUGCGAGAUUCCACCAGCAAGACAGGAAAAUACACAGUCUCAGUAUAUACCAAGUCCUCUGGGGACCUGCAGGGAACAAUCCGCCAUUAUGUGGUAUGCUGCACACCCCAGAACCAGUAUUACCUGGCAGAAAAGCACCUCUUCAACACCAUUCCGGAUCUCAUCACGUACCAUCAGCACAACUCUGCCGGGCUUAUAUCCAGACUGAAAUACCCAGUGUCUCAAUACCGAAAAAAUGCUCCUUCCACAGCUGGACUGGGCUAUGGGUCAUGGGAGGUUGAUCCAAAAGAUCUGACUUUUCUGAAAGAGCUGGGGACUGGGCAGUUUGGAGUGGUAAAGUAUGGGAAAUGGAGAGGCCAAUAUGAUGUGGCCAUCAAGAUGAUCCGAGAAGGAUCCAUGUCAGAGGAUGAGUUUAUUGAUGAAGCCAAAGUUAUGAUGGACUUGUCUCAUGAGAAGCUGGUGCAGCUGUACGGGGUCUGUACCAAGCAGCGACCCAUCUUUAUCAUCACAGAAUACAUGGCCAACGGCUGCCUUUUGACCUACUUGCGGGAAAGCCGACAGAGGUUCCAGCCUUCUGAGUUGCUGGAGAUGUGCAAGGACAUCUGCGAGGCCAUGGAGUAUCUGGAGUCCAAGCAGUUCUUGCACCGAGAUCUGGCUGCUCGCAACUGCUUGGUGAAUGAGCAAGGGAUUGUGAAAGUCUCUGAUUUUGGCCUUUCCAGGUCAGUUUGCAUACAAAUGCCUGUCUCCUUCCCUUUCAAACUUCCUUUCCAACUUUUACCUUCCCAUCUCUUCUCUACCCAUCUCUCUUCCUCCUUUUUCCUCGGUCUUUUUCCUGGUUGUUUAUUUCCUGCUUUGGUCUCUCCAACCCAUUCACCUGUCAUGUAUUUUGCUCUUCCUUUACCUUGGCUCCUCAUUCCCCCUUUCUGCUCUGAUUUCCUAGAUGGUCAUAGCUCCCUUUCAUUCUCCCUCCUGUUUUCCCCUCUCCAGUCCAAACCUCCCUAUACUCCCUCCUUUGUUUCCAGUCAGUCCCUUCUUUCCUUCUCUGUAUUCCUUCCUUUCCCUCCUUGGCCUGUCCCAUUGCUUUUCAGACAGGAUUGGGAAAGGCUGAUAUGGCAGAGUAAGUGAAUGAGAAAA